UGGACUCGGUAAGUGGAACUGGUAACAGCAGAAUCUAUCAGGCCUUAUAGCUUUCAUGAUCAUGCCUAUGUGCAACGUGCAGUCUUCAACCUACAUCGCAAGUUAACCAUAUGGUCCAGGGCGUAAAAGGAACGUGGACUUUCCAGGUGAGCAGAUACGCUGCAGGCAAGUUCACCCCAAAUUGCCUGCCGAACAUCCAUCGUCACCCACCACUACGAAAACAUCAAAACACAUCAAAAAGAAGUCAAAAACAUACAACACCAGGUAUUCGCUGGUCGUCACCGACCCAACUACUAAUCCGGCCCUCAUUGGCUUAUCUAUGGGAGAGCGGACGGGAUCCCGAGUUUUCCAAUGGGUAUGGUCGUAUGUGGUAGGAGACGAAGCACAAGUUGACUAUAGUUCACGAUACCAUAACAACCACACAUCGUGA